AGGAGUGGGACUUCCAAUCCCAGUCAGAAGAUGAUGAAUCCCUAACUGAUGAUGAAGAUCUCACACUUCUUCUUGGAGCCGAGUUGGAAGAGGACGAUGAAGAUUACUCAUCCUGGGAAGAAGAGCUCUCCUCCUCGGAAGAAAAAGCCGAUUCCUCCUCAACUGAAGAAGACUCAGUAACAGGUAACUUCCUUCUUGGCGAAUCAUCAGAAGAUGCCGCUGAGUACGACAAGGACGCCGAGGAUGAAGGCAACUUCACCAGCAGCAGCAGCGAAGAUGAUGAUAGCAAUGGCAACAGUAGCGGCGACGACAGUGAUGCUAGCACGACCCCGCCGACCAAACGCCCCAAGACCUCUAGCGUCUAUUGGUGGUAG